UUCUUUCGAGAAAUUGGGGGUGCUUGGGGUUGCAGGCUGGGGGCAGGCAGGGUUUAAGCACCUCGAGGAAAGCGUACAGUCGAGCCCCCGACGGAAGGAAGGCUGCGGAAAUUGGAAAUUUGCCGAUUCGACGAGAAGCGCCACGGGAAGGGGAAAGGAGCCGCGUUGAGGUCCGAAGCCGAAGCACCCGAGGCUGCCUCUCGAGGGCCAAGCGAGAUGGGAGGCGGCGAUGUGUUGCGGGUCCGAGGCUCGCAGCAGCUGCGGCUGCGCUUGGUGCUGGCGACGCUGAGUGGCUCGACUCUCAGAGUCGAUGACAUUCGCGCGCGGGAUGCGGCCCCGGGUCUCAGAGAUCACGAAGCCUCUCUUUUACGCUUACUGGAGAAAAUUAGCCACGGCUCCUCCGUGGAGAUUAAUGAAACAGGUACAAAGCUGAAGUACAAACCGGGAAUAUUAGUUGGGGGUCGGAACCUCGUACACGACUGUGGCUGUAGCCGGUCAAUUGGCUACUUUCUGGAGCCGCUUCUUAUCCUCGGCCUCUUCGGAAAGACAUCUCUCACCAUCUCGCUGAAAGGUAUCACCAACGAUGUGACGGAUCCCAGUGUGGACGCGUUUAGAAGCACUACUCUUCCAAUGCUGAAGCAGUUUGGAGUGCCCACUGAGGAUCUGGAGCUGAAAAUUAUCACCAGGGGGGCUCCUCCACUUGGGGGAGGAGAAGUACGCUUGAAAGUGCCCAUGGUUCCCACCAGCCUGUCUGCAGCGACCUGGACUGAUGAGGGCAUGGUGAAGCGGAUAAGAGGGGUUGCCUACUCCACACGAGUGUCACCUCAGAUGGCCAACCGCAUGAUCGAUUCCGCUCGAGGAAUCUUCAACCGUCUGCUGCCCGAUGUUUAUAUAUUUACCGAUCAUUAUACUGGCCACGAGUCAGGAAAGUCUCCCGGUUAUGGCAUAUCACUGGUAGCUGAGACCACUACAGGGUGUAUGCUGAGUUCUGAAAAGGCUGCAACUCCUCUCCAUCAAGAAGGUGAUGGUGCUGUAGAUGCAGAUACAGAUGCACGUGAACCACAGUUACCUGAGGAUAUUGGGCUUCAAGCCGCGUUGGUGUUACUGGAGGAAAUCAAGCAGGGUGGCGUUGUGGAUUCUACACAUCAAGCCUUGCUCUUCAUGUUAUGCGCGUUAAGUGCGGAGGAUGUUUCCAAAGUACGAGUUGGCAAGCUUUCACCUUAUGGCAUCCAAACACUGCGACUGAUAAAAGAGUUUCUCGGGGUGCAAUUCAACAUUAAACCCGAUCCAGCGAGUGGCACUGUUAUUCUUACCUGUGUAGGCAGUGGGUACAAGAACUUCUCGAGGAAAGUAUCUUAGGUUUCUCGUCCUAAGUUUGCUCUGGUCAUUGGCAACAAUUUUUACUGCGGUGAGAGAAAGAGAGAGAUAGGUAGAUUCACCCCCAUCCAUGUGCUUUAGUAGAAGAGGAAAACUGAAGAGUGAGGAUGGCGAGGUUUCUGUAUAAAGUGGUUACGAAAGUUUUGUAGAUGCUAGAAAUUCUUAGUGUUGAGUGAAAGUCUAGUGCCCUGCUGAUUGAUUCAGGCCACUGAACAGGUAAUUUUCAUAGAUCUCAAUGUAUUUUCGAUGUCAGAUUUUUCCCGUUCUAAUCGUCCCUGGAGCUAUCAUUUGUAACUAGGAUGAAGACGGCAAGUGCAGUUUCUUUGGCAUGUUUGAGAAGCUGUUGAUUCAUUACCACGGGUGACUGGUUCACUCCAUGAAUAUCUGUGUGACGAUUGAUUCGACAUGUUAGACCGUUUGGGGCAAGUUGCGAUUACUCGUGUGGCCUUUCUCGAAACACGACCAAAACGACCAAAAGCACAAUAUCUGCAUGUUGAAGUACAGUCACCCAAAAGUUUAUGUCACAAGAAAUCAGAAAGACUGCUAUAACUAGAAGUGGAGAACACAAUAUUGCUCUAGAUGUAUUUGUGCUAUCAAUCUGCGAGCACGACCAGACGAUCAGAUUACAUGAAUAAGGAAUAAACGAAGGUUAGAAAUUACCG